AUGGUAAACAGAGUUUUUAGUAAAACUUUGGGAAAUGAAGUUCACAAGACAUCCCAGGCCAUGCUGUUAGCAACGGGUUUCAACACUGUUUCCUUGCCAAAGCCACAUCCAGUCAAGGAAAGAGUUUCCACAAAACUGGCUUCUAAAGAGCCCAUCGAAGGCACACAGGAGAACCAGAAGAGAUAUCCCUCCGCAGAGCUGGGUCUGGCCUCGGGCGGGGAAGCAGGAAGUAAGGUGUCCAGCGCCGUGAUCGGCUGGUCCUCGCCCGCGCCCCCUUAUCCCCGGGGCGCCGCGCUCUGGCGGGCGCGGGCCGCUCUGCUCAUUGUUUGCAACCUUCCCCGUGAUGAGCAGCAAACCUUGUUUGUGCUCUCGCAUGUGCGUGAGGUUGCACCUUUUGGAGACUGGCGAGACUGGACGAGGACAGGGAGGGGGAUGCAGAUUGAGUUGCGGCCGGGCGCGGGACCUGUCAGCCCCAGGGUGUGGCAGACUCCGGCGUGGCCGGAAAAUCGAGGCCCCGGGAGAAGACGGCGUGGCCGGGAAGCUGCCGCCUCAGAGCCAGACCAGUGCAGGAUUGCUUCCUGCGUAGCCGACCGGCCACCAGGUUCCAGAUGCCAUCAGGAUGCCGGCCAGGCUUCCCUGGACUGAAGACCCCACCAAUGUGUCCUGGAGCUCAGCUUCCCCAGAAACCCACCCUACUAGGGAAAGAGGGAGGCAGACUGGGAGUGUG